CCGCCGACGCUCCUAACAAAAGGCCAUCGACUGCCUCUCAUUGCUUAUUCUUCUGAACGCGCUGAGGCUUUGCUCGCCUUGUCAACUCCUCGAUUCCAUCGAAAUCCUUCAGUCACCCCCCUAAACCGCCAUCAUGUCGCAACACGCAUUGUCCGACCAGCAGGUCGACAAUGAGCUCCGCAAGAUGACGGCCUUCAUCAAGCAGGAGGCCAUGGAGAAGGCCCGCGAGAUCGAGAUCAAGGCCAACGAGGAGUUCGAGAUCGAAAAGUCCAAGCUCGUCCGCCAGGAGACCGACGCCAUCGACGUCCAAUACGAGAAGAAGUUUAAGCAGGCCACCAUGUCCCAGCAAAUCACCCGCUCCACCGUCUCCAACAAGACGCGGCUCAGGGUCCUCGGCGCCCGCCAGGAGCUGCUCGACAGCAUAUUCGAGGAUGCUCAGAAGAAGCUCGCCGAGGGCGUCAAGGACAAGGGCAAGUACCAGAAGGUCCUCAAGGGUCUUGUGCUUGAGGGCUUGUAUGCUCUCAACGAGCCUGAGCUUCAGGUCCGCGCGCGCAAGAAGGACUAUGACGUCGUCAAGAAGGCCAUUGAUGAGGCUUCCAAGGAGUUCAAGAAGCAGCUUGGCAAGGACGUCACGGUAAAGCUUCAGGAAGACCAGCCCCUCGCUGACGGAAUUGCCGGCGGUGUGGUUAUCAUUAGCGGAGACGGCAAGAUCGACAUUGACAACACCUUCGAGGCUCGGUUGCGGCUUCUGGAGGAUUCCGCCGCUCCCGCUGUGCGAGAGGCCCUGUUUGGAAAGAAUCCUAACCGCAAGUUCUUUGACUAAACUCCCUUGGGUGCCAUUGAAUCAUGGUUACUCCUGCUUAUACAUCAAGCCCGCCGAGAUGAGUGCACGAUCAGGGAGGCUCUCUAUCAUGUGCGACCUGCCUUGUUAAUCAGUCUGUGCUUUGUAGUUUAGAGGCUGUGCAUCAUCUUUUCAUUAUUGUUUGUCUGGUUCCGGACUUGGCUCGUGGUAGAAUUCAUUACACGUUCAGAAUCCUUCG